GUAAAUAUAUUUUUAUUGAAUUAUUCCCAGUUAGCAACAGAAAUGGCCACCACACAAGGACAGGAUAUCAUUUGCUGUCAGUUUUGUCCAAACCCUGUAGAACAUCACUGCAAUCUUUGUCACGUGGACCUCUGCCUCUCUUGCAUACCAAAACACAUGGCUGACAAAUCAAGGGAACAUGAAGUUGUUGGAUACUCUUUCAGGAAAAAGCACCCUUUUACUCCACCUCUUUGUCUAACACACAAGAUUAACCGAUGCGAGACAUACUGUCAAGAUUGUAGUAUACCAAUUUGUAUUCAGUGCAUGAUGGGCUCGCACAGAAAACAUGAAUUUACUGAUAUUAGUGAUAUUCUUCGAGAGCAUAAACAGAAAAUCAAAUCAGAUACAGAAGAACUGGAAAAUAGAAUUGUUCCAAAAUACAGAAACAUAAACUUGAGUACAGCCACAACAGAGUUUGAUAAGGUUCUUUCUGUCAUAAAAGAACAAGAAGAUAAGCUCUGUAAAGCGGUACGUAAAGCAAGCAUUCAACUCACAGAGGAAGUAACUGCACAGAAAACAGAAGUUAUAAGUAAAUACAAAGAAAACCAGUAUUCGGUUGAGAAAGAAAUUAAUCAAAUUGUCCAAAAGAAUAAAGAAACCCUGAAAGACAAUGAUGCCACGGUCAUACUUAACUACCAAUCACAAAAUAAUGAUUUUCGAAGUGGCCCAGAACUACCAAGGUUUUCUUGUCCAAAGUUGAUUGCUGGUAUAGUUAAACAAGACCAAAUUGUUGGCAUGUUCGGUUUCCUUCAAAACGGGGAUGACAUGGAGAAAAAACCUGAAAUGCUGAAAAUGAUGGAUGUUCCUAUGGUUCUAGGUACCAUGCAGAUUCCUUUUGGAGGUAUGUUCAAUCUUUGGAGUGUGCAGUGUGUGGGGAAAGAUAAAAUCUUGACCAGUGGAGAUGACGCACAAAUCAAAGUAAUAAACAGGAGGAAUGGAAUCAUUUUAAAAGCAAUUGAAACAAUAUAUAAUGUAAGGGCACUAACAAUUAAUUCACAACUGAAACCAGUGUUUUCAACUUAUCUAAAAACAAAUAUUUACCGGUAUAAGAACACAAGGGAAAAAGUGGAGGUAUUACUUGACACACCUGACUGGUUUCCUGUUGGUCUUUGGUAUGCAGUAAACGGAGAUUUACUAGCGAGUAUGCGUUCCACAGAUAGGACACAGAGUAGAGUGGUGAGAUACUCAGGGAAUAAAGAAAUUCAGAAGAUCCAGUAUGACAGUCAGGGACAACCUCUGUUUUCUACUGGUGUACGUCAAACUGUACUUCACCUGACUGAGAAUGGAAAUGGUGAUAUCUGUGUGGCUGACUGUGCUGGGAAGGCAGUUGUUGUAGUGAAUUCUUCUGGGGGAUUACGAUUCAAGUAUACUGGCAACCUCUCCAUCCAAUCAAAGUACAGAGAGUUUAGACCAUCUCAUAUUACUACUGAUGUCAAUACUCAAAUACUAAUAAGUGACACCUCAAACGAGAUUGUUCAUAUUAUAGACUGUGAUGGUAACUUUGUCCGUUAUAUUGACCACCCAGGUACUGGAGGACUGAGUAUUGAUGGUGACCAUAACCUUGUUUUAGGACACUUGCACACUGGAGAAAUUAAAUUUAUCAAAUAUCUAGAGAGUUGAACAGUUUGAAUUAAUGAUAAAGA